GCUUGUUUAUGUUUUGCAAUUGAGGACUGCUUACGACCGUGCUUAUGACUGUGUGCUUACGUACGGCAGGUCAGAGGACGCGCAUCUAAGGAGGAAAGUUUGUUUGAACGUGUAGACUAUUAGGAGCCACAGCGCAUGAAGCGCUCGACAUAGCUUUUGGUUCGUAGGCAGUACAUAAAUAGAGAUGCGUAGACCUUGCCCCGUGCCUUGUAUAUCGGGGGACACGGAAAGCGUCUAAACAUUGCGUAAACAAACAAAGCCAUGUGCUACACGCUCAACAUUUAAGGGAUGCUGCACGUGACAGCAUGCCUUGUCUGUAUAUUAUGCUGUGUGCGCGGGAGCAGUGAUAGCGAAUAUCAGCAUGUCUAACCACGAGAAACUCGUCGUUCGGCACAGGACCUCUCAGGACGGGCAGAGUUGCGGGUGCGGGCGGCCGGCAUUUCCCAUCAAUGCGGCUGCACAGAUGUCACUCGAUUGCAGUGCCUGUAAAGUCGGUGACGAUAAGGACUUGCCGAGAAUUCCCAAGAUUCCAGCACAGAACAUUAUCCUGAGGCUACAGCACCGCGAAAUCUACGCCGCCAAGCAGAACGUGUCGCCGUUGCACGUCUCCCGGCGCCUCCACCAAAAUGCGUGCCCAAACUUCACGGUCGUUAACGUGGAAAAGCCGCCGUGUUUCCUGCGAAAAUUUUCGCCCGACGGCAAGCACCUCGUGGCUUUUUCGUCUGACCAGACCUCAAUCGAGAUUUACUGGUACCGCGGUCCCUGUGCGGCUGCUCACCUCUUGAGGGGAUUCAGUGGGGACCACUUGGGAUCGGGAGCCGAGUCGGCCCAAGUGCGGAGCACCAUUUUCAGCGAGUUUUUUCGGCUUCGUCACAUUGUGAACGUGUCGGGAAACGGCGGUGAGCAGCUGAAUCGCGAGUGCAGCUUGUUCACUGACGAUUGCCGGCACGUCAUCGUGGGAUCAGCCAUGUAUGUCCCUGAGGAGCCGCACCCGUUUUUCUGGGACAUGCACCGCAACAACGAGUCGGUGUCUCCGAAUCCCCGCUCUCCUCUGGAGGACUAUUCGCUGCACCUUGUCGAUAUGCUCACAGGCACCCUCAAGGACAAACGCCAGUUCAAGACGGACAAGAUCUUUCUGUCUCACAACCAGGGGCUGUACCUUUACCGCGAUACAUUGGCGGUUCUCUCAGUACAGCAUCAGACUGUCCACAUAUUCAAGGUCACAAAGGAAGGUCAUUUCGUUGAUGUCCGCACUGUAGGGCGCUUUUGCUAUGAGGACGAUGAGUUGCUGGUGUCAUCAGCAUUCCUUGCAGGUGGCAGAAGCGAGCAGCGACCAUACUGCGAACGUACUCUCAACUCACUCAAGCACCGCCUGCUGGUGCAUCUGUAUCGCCAGGCUGAAGCUGAGCAGAACCCAACAGCGCUGCGCAAGUUCUAUCAGCACUUUGACCAGCUUUGUGACCUGCGACUGUGGAAGAUGCAACUGCUGGACGAACGACACCUGCUGCUCAAGUAUGCCAGCGAAGAUGUGGUCUCGUUCCGGCUCUCGGACCCAAAUUCCCAACCGUCCUUCUUUGUGGUUUACAACCUAGUGACCACCGAGGUGCUGGCCGUCUACGAAAACACCUCGGAGGAGCUGCUCGAGCUGCUUGAAAACUUCAGCGAUCUACUGCGCAAUGCGGCGCUCCACUCGGACGCCCAGCUCACCUGUUCUCCAUCCAACAACAUUCAUGCACGGCUAGUGCAGCAGAGGUUCAAGCAGACCAUUGUGAAUGCCCGUUAUGGGGGCCAGACGGAGGCAGUCAAGCGCCUACUGGCACAGCUGCCCAUCAGCUCACAGUCGUACAGCAACAGCCCCUACCUAGACCUGGCACUCUUCAGCUAUGACGACAAGUGGGUGUCGGUGCUGGAGAGGCCCAAGGCCUGCGGAGACUAUCCCAUUCGCUUCUACGCACGGGACUCUGGCCUCCUGAAGUUCAAGAUCUACGCAGGCUUGCAGGGACGCAAUGCACCACCAGCGGCACGUCGACUUGUCGCUUUCACCUUCCACCCUUACGACCCUUUUGCAAUAAGUGUGCAAAGAACCAAUGCCGAGUACGUAGUCAACUUCCACAUCCACAAUUCUAGUUCACCUUUUACAUGUUGAGACAAUUGGCCAGUUAGUCGCUGUGAAUAACCGACCGUGGUACACAAGCUUUUAGGAGCCUGUGGAAGAUGUUUGUUAGAAUCUAGCUAUGCUUCAUGGUACUUUCUUUCACAAUUACUGUGCUCUGCCAUUUCUUACCCAUGUAACACAACACUAUGUGCGAUUCCCUUGUGUUUGUUAGACAUAUGUGAAAUGGGUUUGAUAGUACAGUAGUGUUUUGUG